AUGGGCAUCUACAUAUCGGAUCCGGCGCUGACGGUGCGUUUCAAAAUAGUCAGCGGCGAUCCGGAGAAGAUCUUCAAGGCGGAGGCGAAGCACGUCGGNAUUCCGGAGAACUCUGUCUACAAGUACGCCUCCCCAGACGGAAAGAUGGGCAUCUACAUAUCGGAUCCGGCGCUGACGGUGCGUUUCAAAAUAGUCAGCGGCGAUCCGGAGAAGAUCUUCAAGGCGGAGGCGAAGCACGUCGGCGACUUCUACUUUCUGAUGAUCCGCAUUCGCUACGGCAACAACGCCGUCCUCAACCGAGAGUACAUGGCCGCCUAUGAGCUGCGCGUCCGGGCCACUAUCACCUCAAACCGAAACGACGCUUUCCGUUUCAAGGCAAAGUGCACCGUCUUCGUCACGGUGGAGGACCGCAACGACAUCUCGCCCAUCUUUUCAGAGAACUACGACGUCUCGGUGCCGGAGGACGUGCCUUUGGAUCACUCGGUGGUGCGCGUCACCGCCGACGACCCGGACAUUGGCCGCAACGGCGAGAUCUACUACAGCCUCGCCGAGCCGACUGACCUCUUCGCCAUCCACCCGACGCAGGGCAUCAUCUACACCACUCGGCCGCUGACGCUGCAAAAACUGCUAAAAGCAACAGUGAACAGCGACCAACACCACGGUCAUCACAGCCACCGGUCACACCGAGAGUCAGUGGUCGUCCAGGAGCACACCAUCCACCUGACGGUGAUUGCCAAAGACCGCGGCUACCACAGCGCCUCCUCGCAGAUCAUCGAGUCCUCCAAGGCGAAGGUGAACAUUCGCAUCACCCCGGUGAACAGUCACCGGCCGAAGAUUUCCAUCAAGCAGCACAGCACGCUGGCCACCAGCUUCACAAGUGCCGCCACCGGCUCUCGACGGCCCAUCUACGCCGUGGUGCACGUCACCGACCAGGACAUGGGCGUCUACGGGGAGAUCUGCGACUUUCGGAUAGUGGCCGGCAACCGAGAGGGCCUCUUUGCGGUGAGCAACACCACCUCCAGUCGCGACUACAACAUCGAGCUGACGCGCUCUGUUUCGGAACUCUCCGGAAGUCUUCUUCGAUCGCUGCCCAUCAAACUGCUCCUCCGGGCGACCGAUUGCGGCGGCCAGAGCGCCAACCAAAACCGGUGCUUUACGAUUAACGAGCAGUCGGGAACGGUGGAGUUGAUCUGCAACCUGAAGAAGGAGCUGGCCCGAAACGGCGCCGGAAAGCUGAACCAGCAGCAGCAGCAGCCCGCCUGGACCAUUUCAGUCUCCGCCACUGAUGGCAACUACUUCUCCGAUCCAAACUACCUCAACGUGGUCAUUGUGGGGGCGGACAGCUCUGCCGCAGGGGCCAACAUGGCGCCGUUGUUAGGCAGAGACAGCAGAGACAGGCGAAACAUUCGCGUGGAGUGCACUGAACACCGUGCCCGUCUGACCACCACCACCACCACCACAUCGCUAAAAGACAGCGUAAAGCUGCUUUCAUUUGAGGAGAAGGAGGCAAUCAACGCCAUGCAAACGGCUCAGUACGCCAAUGAGGCGCCCGUUUUCACUCAAACGCUCACUGAUAUCAGCAUUCCGGAGAGCACCGUCAUCGGCAGCAAGAUCGCCACCUUUGCGGCCAACGACAGCGACGCCGGCUUUGAGGGUCUCCUCAUCUGGUCGCUGAACCUCCAUCAGCUGGACAACCUUGCCGACUCCAGCCGAAGGGUGUACUUUGAGAUUAACAGCACCACGGGAGAGCUGACGCUCAUCUCUGAGCUUGACUACGAAACGCAGAAGGAAAUACACCUUCAGGUGACCGUCUGUGAUCAGAGUCUGCUGAAUCAAAGGUGCGCUGAGGAGAAGGUGAAAGUUACCGUGGAGGAUGUCAAUGACAAUGCACCCAAAGUGGAGCACUUUACCUUCAACAUCUCAGAGGCGGCCGCUCCACACACCAUUGUCGGGCAAAUUUUUGCAUUCGACGAUGAUUCCGGCGACAAUGCCGCUCUGGAAUACUUCAUUGACUCCGCAGCGGACCACUUUUCAAUUGAUCUAUUCAACGGAACACUUCGCCUGGAAAGGCCACUUGACCGAGAGACGGUGGCCAAGUACACGCUGUACGUUACUGUCACCGAUUCAGGAACCCCGGCGCUCUCUGCCUCUUCAACUGUGACGGUCUUUGUCAAUGAUGUGAACGACAAUGCACCGGAGUUCUUUCAAAAGUCGUACUUUCUCAAGGUGCGCGAAGACAUUCCGGUGGGCACUCGACUGACGCGAAUCUCCGCAUUUGACCGAGACGAACGCGAGGCGGCGGAAAUCCGAUACUCACUGGGCGACAGCGGCACUGCUUCUGCUGAUGGUGGUGGUGGUGCAACCUUCAAGGUCGACGAGACGACGGGCAACAUUCGCGUGGUGAAGGCGCUGGACUAUGAGCGCAACCAGCUCUACAACCUGUCCAUCAUCGCCACCGACGAGGGAAAGCCGCCUCUGUCGAGCACUACCUACCUGCUCGUCGAGGUGGAGGACGUCAAUGAGAACUACCAUGCGCCGAAGUUUGCCGACUUCUACGCGACCGCCUCGGUGAAGGAGAACCGCCCGGUCGGAACUGUGGUCACCAAGGUGGCGGCCACUGAUGAGGACGAUCCGUCACUGCCGCUGAUUUACCAGAUCAUCGGCGGCAGCGGCCUUGGUCGUUUUACCAUCGACUCUUCCGGCGUGGUACUGACCGCUGCAGUUCUUGACGCCGAGAGUGCCUCUCACUUUUGGCUGACCGUCAUUGCGAAAGACCGAGCAGCUGUCCCGCUGACCGCCCGUCUGGAGCUGUACAUCGCCGUGGAGGACGUCAAUGACAUGCCGGCCAUCACCGACCAGUCGCUCUACCAGGCGGCCGUCUACGAGAAUCUCACCAUUGGCAGUGUCAUCGUGCAGCUGACUGCUCACGAUCAGGAUUUAUCAGCGGCCAAAUCAGCUGCUGAAGGUGGCAGUGGUGGCAGCACUAGUAGUAGUCACUUUCAGUACCGCAUCAGCAACCAAGUGCCCUUUGAGGUGGACGCCCAGGGCGUCAUCAGGUCAACUGCCGAGCUUGACAGGGAGAGCGUCGCCCGCUAUGUGAUAGACGUUGAGGUGAUAGAGGCCAUUGCUGGUGAUGAUGCUGGUGAUACAGCAGCCUCAACCACAACAACAGCCGAAACAGCUAAACAAGUCAGCAAACGACAGAGUGACCAGCAACAACAACAACAACAACAGCAGCCUCAUCGAUUUCUCAUCUCUCGAACACCGGUCAUUGUCGAUGUCCUCGACGUGAACGAGUUUGAACCUAAGUCGAGCCUGCACACCUACCGCUGCUAUACCUACAGUCGCGUGAACACUUCCAUGCCCGUCUGUCAGAUCAUCGCCUCUGACCGUGAUCUGGACAGCUUCUGCUCGCUCACCUACGAGCUAGUGGAGGGCGGCGAUGCAAAGUACUUUCGCCUGGAAAACAGCAGCGGCAUCUUCUACCCUACCUCGGCCAGCAUUCCCAAGGGCAGCUACGACUUUAUCGUGAAGAUUAGCGACUGCGGCCAGCCGGCGCUCUCCUCCACUGUGCACGUCAUCAUCCGCGUGCUGGCCAUCACCAUCAAGCCGCCGGACAUGCCCAACAGCAGGCCGAUCAUCGAGCCCACUGAUUCAGUGGUCUCGGUAAACCGCGACGACCCCGUCGGCACCGAGGUGGCCUUCAUCAAGACGCUGGACGACGACUUCGACAAGCUGUGCACCUACAUCACCGCCGGCAACGUCGACAACACCUUCGCCUUCCUCGACACCGGCGCCCUGGUGGUGGCCAAGUCGCUGAAGAGCCGACCCACCACGAUUCAGUUCUACAACCUCACGCUGAUGGUCACCGACGGCGUCGACAACUCCUCUCUGCCGCUGCUGAUCACCGUCCACAGCGACCUGGACAGUGUGACGCCCUUCACGCAGGCCAACUACACCGUCAACGUCCUGGAGAACAUCACCAUCGGCAGUGACAUCCUCCACCUCAAUGUGAACCUGGAAAACGAGCUCCAGCACUCGGCGAAUCUGAUCUUCAGCAUCUACUCGACGGCCGCGCCGGAGACGAUGGCCAAGUUCGAAGUUGAGUCCUGGUCGGGGAAGCUGAAGGUGAAGAGCGCCCUCGACUUCGAGUCCGGAAAGGUGCACGUGCUGCUGAUCGAGGCACGCAGCUCCCGAAAGCACGCCUCCUCCUAUCACCUGCGCACCUUCACCAAGGUCACCAUCAACAUUCUCGACGUCAACGACCAGGCGCCCCAGUUCAUACUGCCCACCUACGAGGCGACCGUUCUCGAGUCCUCCUCGGUGGGCACCUCGGUGCUGCAGGUGCAGGCCUUUGACGGCGACUACGGCUCAAAUGCCGCCAUCAACUACUCCAUCGCCACGGGAAACCUCGAUUCAGUCUUCGGCAUCGAGCCAACCCUAGGGUACAUCUACCUGACAAAGACGAUCAGCUUCCGGGAGCAGCCGGAAUACUACCUGCUGGUGCGGGCCACCGACAACGGCGUGCCCUCGUUGAGCAGCACCGCCAAUGUGCACGUCCUCGUCGCCGUACCGGACAACUCACCGCCCAAGUUUGAGCAGGACAACUACUUCGUGGACGCCCGAGAGGACGAGAAGGUGGGCACGGUGAUUCUCUCGAUGAGGAUGGUCAGCCGGCUGACAACCUUUUUUGAGAUUGUGGGCGGCAACGAGGACGGCGCCUUUGCCAUCAACGUCAACAACGGCGAGGUGUACCUGCGAAAGGGCCUUGACUACGAGCGCCGGCACAACUACACGCUGACGGUGUCGGCGGCGUCGCUCUUCGGCGUCAAGGACCGGGCGAAGAUCUUCGUCAGCGUCCUGGACGUCAACGACAACGCCCCCUACUGGCGGGAGGCCGUCUUCGAGGGGCAGCUCUACGAGACGAUGCCCGUCAACAGUAUCGUCCUCACGGAGGAGGGCGCCGCCCUGGUGGUGCGCGCCUACGACAACGAUUCGAUGCACAACGCCCUGCUCGCCUACUCGAUCGUGGAGGAAAAUGCGCGGAGGUACUUUUCAGUUGAGCCGCGCACCGGCGCCGUGUCGCUCAUUCAGCGGCUCGACUUUGAGAAGGUGCAGGAGUUCACCUUCUCGGUGGCGGUGGCCGACCACGGGCUGCCCAGUUUGAAGGCGGUCAGCAGUGCCCUGGUGCGCGUCCGCCUGCUGCCCGUCAACGACUGUCCGCCGGUGUUCACGCUGAACAAGUACUACGCCAGCCUCCUCCUGCCCACCUACCAGAACGUCAUUCUGACCAGUGUGGCGGCCAACGACUGCGACCUGCGGCCGGAGAACAGCGGCGAGCCGCACCUGCUGCACUACAACAUCAGCGAAGCCUCGCCACAAGGCCGCCACUUUGCCAUCAACAGCACCAGUGGACAGAUUACCACUGCCACUGACCAAUUUGAGGCGGCCAUUUACACCUUCGAGGUAACCGCCUUCGAUGGGAAGCACACCUCCACGGCAAAAGUGUUUGUGCACGCAAAGCCGCUGCCGAGGAGUUCACUGCGAUUUCGCCGCGACCGCUACUAUGGAACCAUCACCGAGAACAGCUCGCUCAUCAAGACGGUAGUCAUGCCGGGCAUUGAGGGAAACAAACUUCACGAACACCUACUAUUUCGCAUCAUGAACCCCACGGAGCACUUUCGCAUUGCCCGCACCUCGGGGGCGAUCCUCUUCCGCGGCCCACCGGUGGACCGGGAACGGGUGGCCAAGUUUGAGCUGGCCAUCGAGGUGACCUCCAUCUCGCUGAAGGACCGAGCCGCCCACACGAUGGUCGAGGUGAAGGUGGAGGACAUCAACGACAAUGUGCCCCGUUUCGUCGGCCUUCCCUACCGCUUUGUCUUCAACGCCGACGCGGAGAAGGGCACGCCGAUCAGCAGGGUGCAGGCAGUGGACAACGACGUGGGCAUGAACGGUCAGGUGGGCUACUCCAUCGUCUCCGGCGACCCCGCCGGCCUUUUCGCCAUCAACAGCAAAACUGGCCAGCUCAGCCUGGCUCGAGCUAUUGAUUCAGAGAUCAGCAGUCUUGAUCAGGUGGCCGAGCACACCUUGGUGGUGAUGGCGCGAGACAGCGGCGAGCCGGCGCAGCAAUCAAUCACCAAUGUCACCCUGCGAAUGGUUUCCGGUGGCGUGCCCGUCUUCAGCUCGGCCACUGGCUACAAUGUCACCGUCAGUGAGGCUCACGCCGCCAUGGUGCCCUUUGUCACCAUCAAGGCGGAGAGUCCCAGUGGGCGGCAGAUGUUCUACAACAUUGAGCAGGGAAAUGAGAAUGAGGAGUUUGCGCUGGACUUCAGUACCGGCAUGGUGAGCAUUGCUGAGAAACUGGAUCGCGAGACCACCAGUCGCUACACCUUGACAGUCUCUGCCACCGACUCAGUGUCCGGUGCAUCCUCAACUACCAGUCUCUUUAUUGAAGUUGAGGACACCAACGACAACCACCCGAUGUUCCACCGGUUCUCCUACAACGUCUCCGUGCCAGAAAACUUUCCCGUCGGCUCACAGCUGCUGAAGGUGGUGGCCAGCGACGCCGACGCCAGCCUGAACGCCAAGCUGCAGUACCACAUUGUGGACAGCAACAAGACGGCGCAGUUCUACAUGUCGCCCGAUGACGGCGUCAUCUCGCUGAAGACGCCGCUCGACUACGAAACAGAGGCCAGCCACCACUUCACCGUCAUGGCCACCGACUACGGCUCCCCCCGGCUCACCUCCACCGCUCAGGUGUGGAUCGAGGUGGUUGACAUCAACGACAAUCCGCCCACGCUAGCGCCCACCUUCACCACCGCCAUCGACGAGGACAUUGAGAAGGGGGAGUUUGUGACGCGCAUCACCGCCACCGACCUCGACUGGUCCGACCGCAGCAGCCUCAGCUACCACAUCGUCUCCGGCAGCAGCAACAUGGCCUUUGUCAUCAACGAAACCUCUGGGGCCCUCUACGUGCGCAACCUGAAGAGCACCCGUGCGCUGCCCUUCCUGCGCAGCCACCGCUCGGUGCUGCACGAGGAGCACCUGCGCAGUCGUCAGGCCACUAAGCGGCACUACAGCCUCAAUGUGUCCGUCUCCGACGGCCUCUACUCCACCACGCAGCUGUACUUCAUUGAGGUGAAACCGGCCAAUCACCACUCGCCUCGCUUCAGCCGAGUCCUCCACAAUGUGGCCGUCAGCGAGGGCGUCUCCGUGGGCGAGCAGAUCUUCGCCAUCAACGCCACUGACCGCGACGACUCUGAGCAGUACGGCGUCGUGGAGUACUCCAUUCUGAAUGAGUACGCGCGAAAGUACUUUGCCAUUGAGCCGUCCACCGGGCGGAUAACGAUGCGCUCCAAGUUGGACUACGAACGGGAUGACAAGUUUUUCUGGCUAGUUUUGGGGGCGCAGGACAAGGGACGGCGGCUGGGCGUGUCGGCGCUGCGAGUCGCCCUCACCGAUCUCAAUGACAACAUGCCGCGCUUUAUGGUCAAGGAGUACCGGUCCACGGUGUGCUCCAAUGCCUCGGUUGGAUCGACCAUCCUUUCGGUGAUGGCGGUGGACGACGAUGAGGAUGUGGAGAAUCAGAUCAAGUACUCUAUUUACGAGGAUAAGUCCUCCACUACCACUGCUAUUGCAAAAACGGCCACGACGAUGCAGCCAUCAAAUGACAGCUCAACUGCGGUGAUCACCGACUACUUUGAGAUCUCAGCCGAUACAGGGUACGUCUACACAAAGGCCAACUUGAGUGCACUGGAGGGGAAGAUGGUGCAGUUCUUUGUGAAGGUGACCAACCUCAACCUGGUGAACACGGGCGCACUCAAGAACGUCAUUGAAAACGUCGUCCCGGUGACCAUUCAGGUGAUCAGUCAGUGCUCAAUGGCAAAAAAAGAGGCCUUUCUGUUUGAAGUCUUCGUCAAGGAGAAUGUUGAACGCGGCUCAGUGCUGGUAAACAUCAACCUCGAGGGCUACAAAGACGUCGACCUGAGCAUCGUUGGCCUGGACGACGCCAAGGAUGCAGGUCGAUUCCGCAUCGACAAAUACGGCCGCAUCUCACUGAACGAGCCACUGGACCGAGAGCAGAAGGCAAAGCACAUUCUGGCCAUUCUGCUGAAAGACAAGCUGACCUUUGCCGUGGAGUACCUCUACGUGAUCAUCAACAUCAUGGAUGAGAACGAUUGUACACCGUACUUCGAUUCCGCCUCCUACUACCUGUCACUGGCGGAGAACCAGGAGACCGGCUCCUCCAUCUUCAAGGUGAACGCCAUCGACGCCGACAUUGACGUGCUGAACAACGCCCUCAAGUACAGUCUGGAGGGCGACGAUGAGAAGGAGGAGGCGGCGGCGGGCACCUUCAGCAUUGACGAAAACUCCGGCUGGAUCGUCCUGGCCAAGGAGCUGGACAGAGAACGGGUGCCCUCGUACGCCAUUAAAAUCGUGGUCACCGAUGGUCAGCACAGCAACUCCACCACACUGCACCUCGACGUGGUGGACGUCAAUGACAACGCCCCAGUGGUGCAGAAGUCCAACUACCUGGCGGCCAUCUUCGAGAACAGCCUUCUCGGCACCGUCGUCGUCACCAUCGAGGCAAGCGACCCUGACCUGAACUCUGACCUGCGGUACUACAUCACCGACGGCGACUACCUCAAUCAGUUUUCCGUCGCCUCCAACGGUGACGUCUACGUGAACAAGCCGCUUGACAGGGAGUUCAUUGACAG